UUGUGACGUCAUUAGAAAACUCAAAGAUUAUAUAAAAACAUGGCGUCACAGCUUUGUAGAAUGGGAUUGCAAAGUCAUUCCAGACUUUGUAUCAUUCAUUUUCCGCUUCCUAGAAGAGCUAAAGUAUUUGCCCGAUUGUUUUGUACAAGCGCAAUGUCGAAGAAUAUGAAGCAUGUUAAUGGAGUGGUGUCGAACGAGGGAACAAUUUCCAACUCCUUCCUCAAUGCCCAAGAAACGAAACUAGUAGAAAGUAAGUGGAAACGAAAGUUUAUGGACACAAAAUAUCGAUGUGAUGCGAUUUUCGUUCUUGGCCCUAUGGGAGCAGGGAAAACUACUGUUAUUAACCACGAAUUUAAGACCCAUCCUGUGUUCGGAAAUUACGCGUACGUCGACACAGACGAGAUUAUGGGAAUGUUGAAAGGUUUUGAAUCAAACAAAGUGGAGGAAUACUAUCCUCUUGCACGUAAUAUUGCGAUUGAUCUUACUGACUGGAUCUUGGAACAGAAAAUUAGCUUUGUGGCUGAGGGAACUUGUGUCAAGUAUCUUGAGCUCAUAGACUACAUGCAUCGCUUAAAAUCAGUUGGUUAUCAUGUUCGUGUGAAACGCCUUCCUCGAGUUCCACUUGAUACAGUUCUUGAAAGAGCUAAACUACGAAAAAAUCGAGUUGUUCCAGAUCACGUCGUCGAAUCCAUUUUGGAAGGAUCAAAUCUUGGAGUGGAAAAGUUGUACGAGUUCAACAAGAGAGAGUCGCUUUUUGAGGACAUGGAUAAUCACGAUAGAAAUGAGGAACUGAGAGUAACUGCGUCAGCGUCAUUAGAAAUUCCAUCGCCAACUGGCUAACGAUACCUCGUGGUCUUCAUGGUACUUGUGGUUAAAUUUUGCUGAGUAAACUGAAUAUGUUGGCCGGUAAAAACCAGGUGAAAUUGCAAACAAAAUGGGCUGUCAUUCUUUAGUGUUUAACCACAAAAAGAUGUUGAUGCCAUCGAUAAAUGACGGAGGAAGAUUUAUGCUCAGUCAAACGUGAAAUUUCACAAUUAAAUAAUUGGGGAGCUUGUUUACAUCCUUCGUUUUUAAAAACUGAAUUAACAAUCACUUUAGCCAGGGUCAAACACGGUGUAUUGUGCAGACUGCAGAUUAUUAGCCUGCGUUGCAGACAGUCUAAACCGCAGGUACUGACUACAUCGGGGAUUUUAUGACACGUCUGGUUGCAACGCAGGCUACAGAUUUCUAAACUAAUAUUGAAUUUCCAUUUCCAUUAUCAAGAACUAAUCACAUACAGGCUAACUAAUCCGAGGCUAUUCAAGCCAACCUGGCUGAUAUUCAGGCUAAACGUUUCUAUAUCGUGAUUGGUUCUCUGCACACCUAUUCGUCAUGUAAUUGCCACGCGAUCAUUUGGGUGUCCAAUUACAGGCAUCCAAUUACCACUUUUUGUAAUUGGAUACCUAUGUCAUUUGCACAUUAGUUACAUGAGCUUUUAUCACUUCCUUCAUAGUGUCUCCUGUAGUUUAUAAAACUUAUAGAAAGCGCUAACGACAUUUUCACUCAAAAGAAGUUCUCAAAAGACUUUUUAAAUUUCAAGAUUUGUUAUAGAUCUUCUUGAUUACUACAAUAUGGACAUGGAAUUGCCAUGGAAAAUUGUUACCUUGGUAUCUGUCACUGUUCCGUGCUGUGCCAGUGAAUUUGUCACUUCACUCUAACUGGCUGUUACCUGUAUAUGCUAGUUUAACUUAUUUAACAUAAUAAGAACAAACUUUUAACAGAUUGCUUUGCAUAACCUAAAUUAUUGUCAUAAAUGUUGUCAAGUGUGAAAAUCAUACCUAUAAGAUUUUUGCAAGCAUUACUGUUGCAAUUAGAGUUCUAAGAAGUUCAAAACAUGCUAUGCUAUAAUUUUAUAACAGUAAUUCAGAUUAUACUCUACAUGAAGUUUCAAAAAAAAUUGCCUGGAAUAAGAUGUUUAAUCCAAAACAUUACCUAAUUGGUUUGUAAUGAAUCAGGCAUCUUUGUACAGACAAAGGCCAAAAUGCCAGAAUUGUAAGUUUUUUGAGCAAAAAAUCUGGCAGCAUCUGACAACUUACUGUUCUGAAGUAUUUACAGUAAUAUCUUAUAUUCCUAUCAUGUAACACAAUUGACAGCACACUCAUGGUUAAGGGACUCACCUUUCACUCUGAAUGAGCCAAGCUUCAGGCAUAAUCUUAGUUAUCAUAAUGAGUAAAAUUUACUGUUAAAAACCACUGCUACUAGAGGCGACAUUACAUAAACAAAUGGAGAAUAUUUUGCUCUAAGGUCCACACUAAUUUUGUUUGGUCCUGUGAGCCAUGUAUUACUAGUUCAGUGUGUAGAGACCUAAAUAAGUUCUUUCUAGAGUAGUUAGUUUCAAAAAGUGACUAUUUUCAGUUUUAAUGGAAGUUUUACAACAAGAGACAUUAGUAGUUUCCUUGAGACAUUUUACCAUGGUCGUCCCUUCAUGUGAUCAUUGGUGCAGUGCUUCUCCUCAAUACCUUUGGGGCCAAAAAUUAUGUCUUGGUGCUGCUUAUGGUGUUUAGUUUGGCAUUGCCUAGAUGCUGCUGCACCUUUGUGUGUUGGGAAAUGGGAUUUUGUUUUGUAGAGUGUAGAAUAUUGUCCUUUCUAUUAGGACUACAUUUCAUGUUUAUCCAAUGUCACACAUUCAAAAGGUGAUACUAAUAUGUAGGUUUUUUGUUGGGGGUGGGGGGGGGGGAUUUUCUUGCACACAUCCCUGUUAUUUAUGUGGAAGUCAGCCCUUGUACUUCAACCUGCAAGCAGGCCCUUUGCAGGAUUCAGUGCACUUUCCUUCUUUGAAUUAUUUGCGCAUAAAUGUGUUAAUUUACGUAUCAGGACUGGUGGUACAUGCACAUAGUUUAGUGAUUGUACUAUCUUUUAUUUGGUGAAAGACAUUUUGAUGUCAUGACAAAGAAUGAUACAUUUUGCUUUCUUUCAAUGGUGACAUAGCCGUGUAUUUUCCUUUUAAAGAGGUUUGAUGAUCAUCUCUAAAAAUUCUAAUGGGUUCUGCCAAUCUUCUAAAAAAAUUUUACAAUUAUUGUACAUCAUGUACAGAGCUUGACACCACACAUUACAAAGCAAAACAAGGUUAUUCAUCAUGGUAUUUAUUUGUACAAACAGCUGUGCUAAAUAUAAUUGUGUUGAACUUUUUUUAUAUCAAUCCUGUAAAUCUACAAGUAACAAUGUAUUACAGGCAUUUGACAAUGUUACAAUAAACAGGCACAUUUAUGUUGCCAAAACUGUUAACAUUAUAAUAAAUUCAAAUGAUCUCCAAGUUAGCUUAGUACCUGUCGGAUUACUUCUUGACUCAAAUAUUGGUAGUCCAAAUGGAUUCACGGGCUGCAUGUGCAAUGAAGUUAGUUCCUAGCUUUUGGAUUAAAAUUAGAAAAUGAAUAUUUCGAAAUGAAAAAUUUUGCCUUGAAGAAAGCCGUACCCGUUCAAAGAAAUAUA